UCACAAUUGGCUAUAGUUUAUGAGGUAUUUCGAAAUGAAGGUCGUUGGGGUCUUCAUGAGUGACGCUAAGAUCCAUAGCAUUGGACUCAGUUCCCUUCUGAAUGCUAAAAGGAAUGAUCUCCGAUUCCAAAAGGUUUUUUUCGUUUUUCUUUGAAGACGUAUGUGCAUAUAGAUUGACCCGCACACAAAUAUCUCAGAACAGGGACAGUUUGAUGCGAUUCUUCACAAAAUACCUGAAUUCUUGCGGUGCGAUAUCAGCAUGUCAGAACUACAUAGAAACCAACCCCCACGUUAUCUGUAUAGACCCACCACGUUCAAUAAGGCGCAUAUUAACGAGAUUCGAUCAGUUCUGUAUACUACGAAGUCUUCUGGAAAAGUCAGAAAUAAGAAACCGAGUACUCGUACCCAACUUCUGUCUCUUGUCGCGAAAUGACCCUGCCGAAUUACAUGAGGCUGAUAUUUGUUAUCCUAUAGGUAAGUGAGACGUUUUCUGACUAUAUGUUUUGUAGCUGUCAACACCAUUGUUCGUAUACUUUCGAUGUGCUGUAUGAUGAAGUACCGAGAUGAUACUGUUCCUGUUUGAUGAUCAGAUGAGCAUGUUACUUUGUUGUGUGUUGGUAAUAGGUGGAAUCAAUUCAGUCCAUGAACUAGCGACUCGCCAAAUCUAAUCCCUCCAGAACUAGUCUAGGGUUCUUGGUUCUCUAUGUACUAAUUCAUGUAGCCAUUGUAUUCAAAGAACUGUCUGACUUCUAAUUGUAUCAUGAUGACAUCCUCCAAAUAGGAUAUUUUCGUGAGCCCGCAAAUUCCUACCAUUUGUUGUUUCGAUGAUAUUCACUGAUAUCUCGUUAUUCCCGAAGUGCUAAGCCAUGUGCGCAAUGAAUUAUUCAACGAUACACACUCACUCUCAAGACAAAUAGUAGCUACUUGUGCGCCGUACCUUCUUAAUUUCAAGAAUAUUUAAAUAUCCAGACCGUUUCACUCUCCCCUUUCGUAGAGACUUAUUGAAUUGGUACUAUAUUCUUUCCAAAGGGGAGAUAUUAUCUGCAAAUAAUUUUAAACUGUGAAUGUUUCCAAGCCUUAACCCAGAGACUGCAUAGAAAGAUGAUGUGAUAUUUCAUUCAGGAAGUGGUCUGGUGGAAGACUCUACUUAAAACUUAGAGUACGCAGGCUAAACGGCACUGUCAGGUGAAAGCACUGAUAGGGUACGAAGUCUUUUAAACACCUCUUGUGACGAUUCGAGAUGCUUCGGAACUGGUGUGUAUCGAUGUCCUAUUUGACGAUAGGUAGCAAGUUGGCUGGGCGCAACGACCGCUUCAUCUACAGGACAUUUACUUCAAUUCUGGUGUUUUCUGGGUCGAGAAAUUCUCAACUUAGACAGGAAAAUUUCGUCAGACUGUCACCAUUUUGCGCGGAUUUUACUGACAGUGAGAUAUUGGGAUGCAUAUGACAGACCGAAUGCAAUGCGCGUUAGUCCACCUCUUCCUACCACUUGACUGUCAAAUGUGGCCAAUAAAGAUAGGGAAUUUCCGAAGACUUUGCAUAUAGGACCACUGUUACCAUUAUAGCUUACCCAUAUGCGGUGAAAACACAAGGUGAGUCGUGUAGAGGUUAGCCCUGAAUUAUUCGAUAGAAAGGUUAGGUCACUUUGUGAUGUUGAGUCAAGUAAACACUAGAAUAGGUGCUGAACUUGGUGAUUCGCCCGCAACUUUGAUACUGCUAACCGACUGUGACCAAACUGUGACUAUCCCUAAAGCUCAACUGAACAUACACCAAAGGACCAAGAUGUCAACCAACUCACUAUGUAUAUUCAUUAAGUGGUAAUUCGAAUGAAGAUGAAAGAGAGGUAGAGUGGUUGCUUACAAACAGAGUAUUUGGUUGCGACAACAUGAAUCAUACAUCAAGC